UGUCUGUUUGUUUACUAAUAUUGUAGGCAUAUGGUAAGGUGAUUUAAAAAUUUCUGUUUGAAGAAGGAAAGAAGUUAUGUCGUAUUCGACUCAGAAGUUAGCUGUAAGGGACAGUUUUGACGAUGAAGAUAUCAGCGAUGAUGUUGAGGAUGAGGUGUUCAUUCGCGAUGGGAGAAACGGCUUUCGGGCUGAUGAAGAAAGAGGUGUCAAAAGACCUUUAAUGGCACCAAAACGAAAGUCUAAGUCUGGCUUGUUACAUUCUGAGCCAUGUAAAAGAAAUUCUUGGAGAAAUUUCUGCAUUCCGUGUUGCUACGGCAUUCUUGCAUUAACUGCAUUAAUAGGCCUGAUCGCCGGCGCGGUGGGGCUGGUGCUGUGGCUGCCGCUGUCCAUGGACCAGGUGGUGUUCUGGAAGCACCAGGUGUCGGCGGUGGGGGGCCCCCCCGCGGCGGGGCCCUGCCCGGGGCUGCAGGCCCGGGACGUGUGGGCCCGCCCCUUCCCCAAGCUAACGGUGGAGUCUGCCCUCGUGGCCGCCGACGUCACCGGGGACGGGGUGGCGGACGUGGUGGUGGGCUACGGCACGGGUGAGCGUCGGCAAUCAGCGCAGCUCCUCUCUGCUUCAGAGUAGGCAGACAGGGUGUCUACAAGUCACGAAAGUCCCGAAAGUAACGAAAAAGUAACGAAUUUUGAUGCGAGGUCACGAAGUCACCAAAAAGUCACUGAAUUCGGUUCAUGCUCACGAAAUUUUUUUCUAUUGACGUAUUUUCACGUGUAUUUAUUGGAUACUAAGUGACUGUGUAAUUGGCACAGCCGUACUUUUCUUUCUUUAGUUUGGUUUGGCCUGCGAUAGAAGAACAAAGUGCUGAAAUAAGAUACCAUGAAACGCAGUGGUGAAAUUCAAUGCUAUGUCAAGCUGAUUGUCGUGCUAUGUUCGUUUUCGUUGUUUCGUUUUUUAGGACACAGGCCGUACGAGUCCAGCAUUGCCUGACGUAUGAAAAGUCUCGUAUUUGUAAGAGGAUUCAGAGGUUUUCAAACCAUAGAUGUUACAGUAUACAAGGUAUUUACAACUGGUUACUAUAACGAUGCUUUCCACCUCCGCGUCCAUAUAAGUAUAGUAAAUACACAAUCUUCUCAUUAGGAUAACAUGUCAUUUUAAAUUUUGGUGGUCAUUGGUAGUUUUUAGGCAUAAUUGUUAUGCCUAAUGUGUAAUAUUUUUUGUAAAAGUUUCAAUUAUUUUAGUCAAAAGUACAAAGUAAAAAAAUAUCCGAAAAAAAAAGUGUUGCCAUUUAGGUCAGUUAAAGUCACUGAAAAGGUCACUAAAAAGUCACUAAAAUUGAUUUUGUCACUUCUGUAGACACCCUGAAAGAGAAAUAAUUAAAUGGCAAGGAGUUGUAGUUAUUUGAAUGAAUUAGUAUAUCAGCAUGUCUAGUUGCUCUCUGUUUUAAAGUAGAAAGAGAAAUAAAAAGUUGCAAAGAGCUUUAGUUAAAAAUAUUUGUAACUGAUCCUAAAAAAAAAUAUUGUAAAUUUUUUUUUUUAGUAUGUUAUGUUUUUCUUCUUAUUGUAAAUUAUAAUUUAUGUUUUAUUAAAUAAUUGAUUAAUAUUUGUAACAUGCCCAGUGACAGUUGGAGAAUGUUUGAGGUGUUCACGACUUACAGCCAGCCAAACAAACAUUCACACAGAGAACAUGAACAAACAGUGGACAAUGCAGUCAUCACCACAUGCUGCUGAUGCCACCUACAAGUAGGCUCUACAUAUUACGGCACCAUGGACCCUUUUCCACCAGAAGAAGUUUGAUUCAGAGAAAUAUCCUUCCUUUUUCAUUUUGAUCUGGAUGCGUCCUGGAAUCAAUAACUGAAUCAGGGCGUAAUGUCUCGUUUUACACGGGGGCAAUCAGGGACGAUGAGAAUGGAGCCCUGUCAGGAUUAGUUGGCGGGGAUGAAAAACCAACUACUCACGGAAACUCCAGAUUGUUGGGGAUCACUGUAGUUACGUUAAAGUCCCAAAAUAAACAGUAACGGUUCUGGAAAUUGUGAAACUUAAAAUUUCCGAGGUGUGUUUUGCUGACUUGUGUUUUAUAUUUAUGCAGAUGUAAUGUGUAUAGAAGGCUACGAUUUUUUUUUUGUCACACACAUCAUGUUUUCAUUUAUUAAACGAUCACGUAGUGAAACAAAA